AUGUAUGCGACUUCUUAUAUAUCCAACGAUUCCAAUGAAAGGAAUGGUAUUCAUGACGAUAACAAUAAAGAAGAAAUUGGAAGUGAAGGCCAGAGUGUUGGGGAACAGUCACCGAUCGGUCCGUUAGCACAGCUUCAAAAUGCUUUGGAACGACGCUCCGGGAUGUUAGGCAUGAGUUUGACUGACUUCUCCACUGCCAAUGGAACCGCUCCUUCAUUGUUCAGUUUCGAUGGCAUCAGUCCUUUGGGAACAGCUUUUAAUGUAGACAACGAUAUAACGGGUGAACUAUAUAGAUGUCAUCUUUGCUCUUAUUCGGGGACAUCCAAGUGUCAGUUCAACGCCCAUAUGAACACACAUUUUGACCACAAGUGCGCCUUUUGUGACUAUACCUCACGAACUGAGGGUCGGCUUAAGAGACAUAUUAGAGACUUUCACUCAGAGAUACCACCCGACAGUUGGGCCGGUAAUAGAGUGUUGAAGGAAAACAGUGUCCACGACGGCGAUGACAGUGUGGACGGCACUGAUGCCAGUGUCAACGGGAGUGGAGGCAACUCCAAGUCAAGGAAGUAUAAGUGCAAACAAUGCGAUUUCGUGGCCACUUGUAAGCAGGAGUUCUGGGAUCACUCGAAGGCACACAUAAAGUCGGAGAAGCUGUUGACGUGUCCUAAAUGUAAUUUCGUGACCGAAUAUAAGCAUCACUUGGAAUAUCAUCUUCGGAACCACUUCGGGUCAAAGCCCUUCAAGUGCGCCAAAUGUAACUAUAGUUGCGUUAAUAAGUCAAUGCUUAACAGUCAUAUGAAAUCGCAUUCAAAUAUAUAUCAAUACCGCUGUGCGGACUGUAGUUAUGCCACCAAAUACUGCCACAGUCUGAAACUGCAUCUCCGCAAGUAUCAACACAAACCGGCCACUGUCCUCAACCUGGACGGCACUCCCAACCCAUAUCCAGUCAUUGAUGUCUACGGCACCCGACGGGGGCCUCGACCUAAGAAACCAAAAGCAAACAAAAAUAGUCAAAACCAACAAAAGUCACAACAAAUGGAUUCAUCUUUACCUCAAACGCCUGUAAUCUCUUCACCCCUUUCGCCGAACUUAUUGAACGUGACACCCAUUCCGCCAUUAAUUCCGGCCUCAAUGCCAAUGACUCUGCCAUUCAUAUACCCCCCAAAUCCAGCCCUUCUUCACAGCGGACUUUUGGGACAGCAAACGAUGGCACAAUUACCUCAUAUGAAUGCAAUGGCUCACCACUCCAUGUAUGAGUCGGUCGGCGCCCAAAACAAGUUCUCAAAUUCACCAAAUUCUAACUCAAGAAGUCAGACCCAAUCGCCAUCUAAUUUGAAUGAUAGACUUAAGUGUCAUUUAUGUGAUUUUACGACUGAAGCGCGGGAAGUGUUGGGAAAACAUUUGUUACUACACGUGGCCUCAGAAAAUCAAGACGUCUGCAGAAUAUAUGGCAUGACUCCCAGCGCUGAAAUGCUUCAACAAAAUGCAAUAAUCAGUGAAUUAGCCGCCAGACAAUCGCCCGAUUCAAGACGUCUUCUGGAACAGAUCGCUGUCAACCCAUCCCUCAUGAAUACUCUGUUGGGAAUGCAUUCGUUACCAAAAGCAGAGCACUUGACACUAGACUGGCAUUCAUCUCAAGUGUCUCGAAGUCUGGAUGUGUCGCCGCAAACGAUAUUAGCCAACAUAGAGGCCAGACAUAUGCGGCCCGAAUCGGCGCCAAUCAGAACCAACAGCAAGAGUGUGGUCUCACCGCUGCCCCGAUCCAGAAGCAGUCCCACCACUGAAGUCAACACUCAGGACAGAGAACAAUACGUCUCAAAGGCUAAACGUUUAUCUUCUUCAGAGACCACACCACUCGACCUCUCGAGCAAUAAAAGCACUUCUCCUGUGACCCAAACGUCUGAACCAAAGAUUAUUGCUUUACCACAACAGUCGUCACAAUCAUUACUUUCUUCGCAAAUAAUGAAUCCAAAUGAUGGCAAACAAGGAGAAGAGUCUGGGGUGGGAGAUGUGGCACCAGAAGCUGUAUCGGAACGGCAACAGUCGAGAGCCCAGAGACGAAAGGGAAGGGCGUCUAAGCUGAAUGUGAAUCGAUGUGUGAAAAUGAGUGACCAAAGCCUUAAAAGUGAUGAAAUGAGUGAAGACAUGUGCGAAGAGACUGGUGAUAGUUUGGCGGAACAGGAGCCCGAUGUGGACCAUAUAAUCAGUAAAAUAAAUAACGCCACGUCUUUGCUGCAGGAGAUCCUGUAUGACAUGUAUUCGCUGAAGAAUGACACUUACCAUUAG